ACUUAAUUUAUUUAAAAAUAUAGCAUUACCAACCUUCUAACUAGAUAAAUAGUGAAAUUUUAGUUAGAUCAUCUGUUGGGUAUGCAGAGGUCAAGACUUUUAUUAUUUACUGUACUUUGCGUGCUGUGAUAACGAGUGUAUUAUUCGGACAAGUUUCUUAAGAGAAUUGUCUGCGUUACCGAACAAAAUGGGAAGAUUUAGGUAUACUCAAGACGGUGGUGUUCUAACAUACGAACAACGCCAAUUUUAUGAAGAUAAUGGAUAUAUUGUGAUAAAGAACAAUGUUAGUCAUGCCUUAUUGGAUGAAAUUCAAGAUAGAUUCAUCAAAAUAUGCGACGGAGUGGCUGACCCUGGAUUUAUGACUGUUAUGAAAGACCCUUCUUUAAAACAUAAAGGUGUCAGAGGGCAAUAUUUAAUAAAUAAGAUCCAAGAUUUUCUUUACGAUGAAGUUCUUUUCAAAUAUUGUUCGGACAAACCAGUGGUUGAUGUCAUUGAGAGUAUAAUAGGCCCCAACAUUACGGGGGCUCAUUCCAUGCUAAUAAACAAGCCCCCUGAUGCUGAUCCUGGUGCGUCUUUGCAUCCUCUACAUCAAGACCUACAUUAUUUUCCCUUUAGACCUGCAGACCGAAUUGCAGCGUCAUGGACCGCAAUGGAGCGAGUCGAUGAAAAUAAUGGUUGUCUUUACGUAAUUCCCGGAAGUCACAAAUGGGAAUUGUACCCCCAUACUUACCCUCAAGGAUACAAAAAUCGACUGUAUCAUGGUGUUCAAGGCCUUGAUCAUUUACCAAAAGUGAACGUUGUGAUGGAAAAAGGCGAUACAGUCUUUUUCCACCCCAUUCUUUUGCACGGCUCGGGACCUAAUCGAACAAAAGGUUUUAGGAAAGCGAUUUCUUGUCACUACGCUGAUAGCAACUGUUACUUUAUCGAUGUUAGAGGCACACUUCAGGAACAUAUCGCUGAAGAGAUUGAAACUCUAGCUAAGAAAAAGGGGGCGCCUAUGAAAUUUGUCGAGAUUUGGAAGGCUAAGAGCCGCUUAGUUAGGGGAAUCCCUGGCAAUUUCCAAAACUUGGAGAGCCAUUUGUAAAAAAUAACGGGAAAGGGUUAAUAAUUUGUAAAAAUUGUAAAUUUUAUAUUUUUAAAUGUGAGAAUAAAGUGUCGACAUUUGACGAUGA